AUGACGUCAUCUAGUACAGGUGUUAGACUGACUGUGGACAAGCCCGAGUGUCUGAUGGACGAAGACAUCGUUGUCAAGGUUAUGGGACUGUCUCCUAGCGACAAGGUCAUCGUCUUGGUAACGACAGAAGUUGAAGGAAAUCAUUUCUGGUCACACGGCCUGUUUCGUUCAAAUGACAGAGGUAUUGUGGAUCUGAGCACAGAUACACCUAUCAACGGCAGUUAUAACGGGAUUGAUCCUGCCGGAUUACUUUGGAGUAUGGUAGCUGUACCAUGGUUACCGGCACAUCAUCGCAUGUUCCAACGCAGAGCUAUCGAACCUAGAACGAUUACCUUCAGCGUAUUCCCAGAAUCAGACAGUCCUGGUGAUUAUCUCAAAGACAGAACAAAAGUAUUGGCAUCGGUUGAACAUAAACGAAUGUUCAAAUCUCAAAAUACAAGACGAAUACCCAUCAAACAUCCAAGAAUCCAAGGCACUCUGUUCUUGCCAGAAGGGCCUGGUCUAUUCCCGGGGAUAAUAGAUAUGUACGGCGGCCUGGUGGAUAUCGUAGAGGGACGGGCGGCUCUUCUUGCAUCUCAUGGGUUCGUCACCCUUUCCUUGUCUUACGCCCACGGGAACGGUCUGCCACAAUCAAUGUUGGACAUUGAACUCAGCUAUAUUGAGGAAGCUGCGAAAUGGUUUGCUAAUUUAACAGAAGUACGAUCAGAUGGUAUUGGUAUAGUUUCUUUGAGUUUUGGAGGAGCCAUGGCUUUCUGGAUGGCACAAACUAUUCCGAACAUUAGAGCAAUCGUCUACAUGAGCGGUUUGCCAUUUACUCUACCAGGUUGGACAUACCAUGGGCAGAACAUUGGGUCAAAUACUAGGAUCGACGAGACACGAUUACAAAUGAAACAGGAAGGAAUGUCAGUGAAACACACAUUUGUUGUCCCUGACGAUUCCUAUUUAAAGCCCUGGACACAUGGCGCCCACCUCCUGACGAUAUUGGGUGACGAUGAUCUACUGACCGGGGUGGAACAUAAUAUUCGGUUUUAUGAGAAAAUUAUGCCACAAGACUACCGCCACGAGAAGGCCGAACUUGUGAUAUAUCCGGGAGCGGGGCAUAUAAUAGAGCCACCCAACACCCCCUUGUGUCGAGUAGUGUAUGGAGCUGAUCAAGUACAACUGGAAAUGAGGAUAAAAAGACCACUCUACCAACAUAAUAACCUCAUACUCUCUGGAGGAUAUCCCAAGGAACACGCAGCAGCUCAAAGGGACGCAUGGCCGCGAGCAAUCAACUUCCUCAGAAAGCAUCUGCGCUGAUGAUGGAAAGUAGGUGUACAUGUACCGAAUUCGCAAGUGUUUUUUACGAUCAUCAGAAUUCAGCCAGAUACAUAUGAUCUAUUUCAACCUGGACGUUCAUAUUUCCCAGAGACAGUCAAAAUGCAUAUAAAAUAUCAAUAUUUAUCGUAUAUGUUCCAAA